GUGUUGACUAGAAAUCGAAAAAUGCCCUCAGCUGCAGCUCUGGCCCCUGUAUGUCUAUCAGGGCAAGUUAAAGUGUUCCGAGCUCUUUACACAUUUGAACCUAGAACUCCAGAUGAAUUGUACUUUGAGGAAGGUGAUAUUAUCUACAUUACUGACAUGAGUGAUACCAAUUGGUGGAAAGGUACCUCCAAAGGCAGGACUGGACUCAUCCCAAGCAACUAUGUGGCUGAGCAGGCAGAAUCCAUUGACAAUCCAUUGCAUGAAGCCGCAAAAAGAGGCAACUUGAGCUGGUUAAGAGAGUGUUUGGACAACCGAGUCGGCGUUAAUGGUUUGGACAAAGCUGGAAGCACCGCCCUCUACUGGGCCUGCCACGGGGGGCAUAAAGACAUAGUGGAAAUGCUGUUUACACAACCAAACAUUGAACUGAACCAACAGAACAAGUUGGGAGACACAGCUUUGCAUGCUGCUGCCUGGAAGGGUUAUGCAGAUAUUGUCCAGUUGCUUCUGGAAAAAGGUGCGAGAACAGACUUAAGAAACAAUGAGAAGAAGCUGGCCCUGGACAUGGCUACGAAUGCCGCCUGCGCAUCUCUCCUGAAAAAGAAACAGGGCACAGAUGCUGUUCGAACAUUAAGCAAUGCCGAGGAGUAUCUUGAUGAUGAAGACUCCGAUUAAUUCCCUUCUGGAGCUUUGAGAGCUAAAACAUCUGUUGUUUUUGCUAUUCCAAAACCUUUGUCUUUGCCAGAAGAGUGUUGGUAACUGUUUUUUGUCUUUUUUUUAAGUCUUUAUGAACAUGGGAGUAUUGCACUGUGUUUGAGUAGAACGUGUAAAUGGGUAGGUUUUCACCUUCAGUUUGCCAAUAAGUGACUGGAUACUUUGCUGUAUAAAGUACAUUUUUGUUCACUAGAGUAGAACAAGAAGAGAUUAUUUCUAUUUAUCAAGUUAAAGGAAUUAAAAAAGUUUUUUUCUUUAAAAAAAUCAGAAUGUUUUUUUUUUGUUUUGUUUUGUUUUUUUAGUUCUUUACCUCAAGGAUUGAAAUAUUUUGGAUGGAUUUUUCAAGGGGAAAAUGCUUGUUAUAAUAAUGAACCAAAAGACUUAACAGAAAAUCGUCAGCUAUUCUGACAAAAAUAAACAUUUUAAGAGACUGUGUUCCUUUUGUCUGUUUUUGUGGUAUCACUAUUUGCUGGUAAAUAAAGCUCUUUAUAUUUAGGUAAA